AUGCCACACAAGUACUAUCAUGGAAAGACUGGCAUUAUCUAUAAUGUUAAUCCACGUUCAUAUGGCGUAAUCUUCUACAGGAGGGUGGGUGGAAAAUACAUUGAAAGAGUUAUGCAUAUUAGACCAGAGCACCUUACACUUAGUAGAUCUAUGGAAGAUAUGAAGAACAGGCAGAAGAAAUAUGCUGAGCAAGUCAAAGAGGCAUCAAAGUCGGGAAUGAAGGUUAGACCUGAGAAAAUUCUGCCAAAAGGCCCAAGGCCUGCGUUUACUCUUUCUCUGAAGAAUAAUACGCCUAUUCAGGUUUCUGAAAAGCCUUAUGUUCCUUUCUUCUAA